AUGGCAGGUAGAUUGCUAGGAGACCUCAACUCUGCAUCUGGGUAUCCUGUGAAUCGUCCAGGCUUCCCACCAUUGAUGUCUCACGAGCAAGACCUCCCUGGAUAUGCGAGUUUUAAUCCUCCGCCACGACAGGUUGGACACUUGGGGAAUAACUUCCAGUCGCAGAUACCAAGUUAUAACCCAACUGUUCCUGGUAUGCCAUUAGACCAAGACUCAAGAAACUCAAGUAUGGGGGCACAGGAUGGGCCUCCGUUCGAAGAAACAAAGGUCAUUUGCCCCGUUGUUACUGCCCGAAAUCAACAGUUGACGCCAAAAAUCGAUGCCAAAAUUCAAAAAGGCUUCUUUAAGGUCGAUCAUAAAUGGACAUGCUAUCGUCGAAAUUAUUUCACAGUUUCGUGUUCAUUCACUUUGAAGCCUGCGACUUACGAACCACAACUCUACCUCCAAAGACAUGCAACGCAACAACAUGAGCAGAUCAACGCCUUUGCGAUACAGAUCUCGGCCAAGACAGCGGUCGUGAACAACCAAGAAAGCGAGUUGCGCAAUUUAGUUCAACACACUCCAAAGAGGGACAAAGCUACUGAAUCAGUCCCUGGCAAGGUGGUUUUGCAAGCAGCGCAGCCAUCCAUCAUGACCAAUUCCGGCUCAUACCACGGGAGCAGCAGUUUGUAUGCAGGGCCACCAAAUAUGCCACCCAGUAUGAUGGUCGAUUAUAAUCCUCAGCAAUACAGUUCGACACAGCACCAAGGACCGCCUCAAUCCCACACAUUUGAGCGCAUCCAAUUCCAGAAAGCAACAGCAAAUAACGGCAAACGCAGAGCACAACAGCAAUAUUUUCAUGUUGUGGUUGAGCUUUUCGCCGAUGUGGGCAGGCACGGAGACGCGCAAUGGGUCAAGGUGGCAAGUGCUCAGUCACAUCCAAUGGUCGUUCGAGGAAGGUCGCCAGGCCAUUACAAAGACAACAGACGAGAUAGUACCGCCAGCAUGGACCCCGAUCGAGGCGCAGGGGCUGGGGGUGACAGUAGUUCUGGCGGUGCACCUUCGAUGGGGUCCUAUCUUAGUCCUUCCCAUGGACGAUCAUCGACAAUGGAUUGGGAACCCAGUCACAGGGGCUCUUCUCAGACGAGUGGGAAUUACCGCCACGCCACCAAAGCUCGUUCUCCCCAGAGCGCAGUGUCCUGGGGGUCGUCAUCCAGUUCGUGCAGUGAAGCGGAUUUCGAAUUUCCAAACCACGAAAGCAAACUGGCAUUUUCAAAUACUCUAUCACCAGGCGUUUUGUUGCCUGUCAACCACAGAGCAUUUACACCCCUAACAAGCCUCAGCUCAAGGACUGAUAACUCUAAUACCGCAUCUUUACAGUCUCAGAAGAAUAGUGGCCAACCUUAUUUUGCAACCAACUCAGCUGACGGACAUGGGUCGCUCCGCUCUGGCCAUCAUCACCUGAACCCAAUGGGCAACGUGGAGAUGCCUUUAUACCAAGCAAUGUGCUCUUCAUAG